ACAACCCAACAGACCGCCGACCGAGUAACACGUAGUGACAGUGAAUACAACACGUGAUUAUCUCUACUGAUAACAGUGCUCACAAAUCGUGAUCAAAUUGUAAAGUGAUAAUAAAAUAAAGUGAAAGGUGAAAUUAUAAAAAAUAAAAAAAUGGCGAAAAUUAUUGUGUGUUUAGUGUUGUUUGUGGUGGUGGUGGCUGGACAUGGACACAAGCACCACCCCAAGUUCCCCAGGAGUACUGAGGAUUAUAUCAUACCUAUGCCUAAGAAAGUCGCGUGCUCCGGUGCCAACGAGCGCGAGCGCGGCAACAUCAUUGAACAGUCCAAAUGUGGAGACCCCAAGGAGGUCUUCGAGUACCUGAAGGUGAAGGCUGCACAUGAACAGAUCAGUCCGCGCGCGGUGUGGGUCAAGCGCUGCGUCGGCCUCUGCGAGUACGAGAACGAAGGCACCUGCGUCGCCACCGAGACCGUCAUCCGACAUAUUCCCAUUCGAAUAUACAACGCGAAGACCAACCGGGAGACGUGCGCUACGUACCCGAUCGUGGAGCACGUGUCGUGCGGCUGCUGCUCGCUGUCGCCCGAGGAGUGCGCGGCGCCGAGGGUGUACAAUCCUCCGGAACCAGAAUAUGAGGUGGAAUCGGUCUAAGUGCGCAUGCGAGCAGCGGAGGAGAGCUUAAUGCGAGCAUAGCGCGCAGAGAGACAGAGCGCAGCGCGCUGCGGCAACCAGUGAUACCUGAGAGGGACUAGUGUUGUGAACCUUAGAGACCUUAGUGGGGACUAGUGCGGGGGCACGGGACUCGUGCCCGCGACAGUGACGCGCCCGGCGAGUCGUGACUCACAACAAAUUUGGCCACGACAGUCACCGGUCACGAGGCGGGACUGUGCCCUCGUGCACUCCUCUAUAUGUAAAACGCGACUGAGUCAAGUGUCUUGUAGACUUAACUGUUCAGAAUUUACCAGUAUUAUAGUUUGUAAGUUAUUUAUUUGUUUAGCUUAUAAGACAAAAUGGGGCCAAAAGGUGCUGUGAGUAGACAUUGCUAAUUUUAUUCCAUGACUUUUUGGUUUGCUGUCUAAUGUACUUAAUAUUGUAACUCAAAUACGUAUUAUCUGUAGGUAGCUAAUUUAUUAUUAGAUUUAAUAUUCCUUAAAAUGUGUCCGAGUGGGCGGGUACGGGUGUGUCAGUUGGGGGCCAAACUCCACUUUUGUAGCCACAAACAUCGGAGCGACACUUUUGCCCGCCCCAGGAAUCAAACCUCGCACGUUAGUGUAAAAAACUCUUGUAACUUACGAGGCUAGUGAGUUAAUUAGUAAUUAAGGUGUAAUUAAUUUAUAAUGUAAAUGUGCAUUUUCGCAAUAGUUGGAGCGGCAUCACAGUUCAGUAUUGUAGGUAGAGUAGUGACGGGCGCAAUACGGUAUUGCGCAAUUCCUAAAUUGUGAUAAUAGUUAUUCCAUAUCUGAUAGUUAAUUAUUAGAUUAGUUGAGUACUUAAGGAGUAAGUUAAUUAGUUUCUAAAGUAUUUGCUGUCUAGUCACGAAUUUAUUUGGUUAAACAAUUGUAUUAUCUAGUACCUAUCUGCUCUCUCCUAUUAAUAUAUCUCGUAUUGUAACAUAAUUAUUUAUUAUUUAGGUUUAAUUAAUGAAUUUCAGGCACCUCUUGUAAUUAGGACCUAGUCUUCGAUUGUGCCAAAGGCAUAGAAUCUCAUAGGUUUCUUAUUUAUUUUAUUUAUUUAUUUAUUU